AUGCCAACUGGAAGAGGAAAUGUUGGAAAUGGGACAACAGAAAUGCCAAACAAUUUCUCAUCAUCACAACCACUCCCAUCAUCAUCACAGCCACUCUCUUACACUAGAGCUACUUCAUCAUCAUCACAACCACCCAAGUCUCCUGCCAAGAGAUUCAAUUCUCCUGCCAAGAGAGUGAAGUCUCCUGCCAAGAGAUUCAAGUGUCCUGCCAUGAAGCUUAAACCAUGGAUGUUUUGA